UCAAACAAACUUGGCCGAAAGGACGGCAUACAUUACUACCCCAGCAGAAACCUGCAACUUCAUAACGUCUCUCUCUCUCUCUCUCUCUUAUAUAUAGAAAUAUAAAAGCUGUACGUAUGGAUAUAUGGUAGUUAUAUACGAGCUGCGUAUUUAUAAAUCCAGCAAAUCCUUCUAAGUUGAGAUCUUGAGGGAGGAAGGGGCAUACCCUUUUGCGUCAUAAAAGCUGCUCCAUAAUUCACGUGCCAUCUUCUCAACAGGAUUCAAUACUACACAGAAAAUUCUUUGCCAGUCAUCACUUUUUCCUAGUAUUUGAUUUAUUUAUUUAUGUAGAAUGAAAAUGUUAAGAGGAGUGGAUAAAGCCCUGGCUUUUCAUUGAGAAAAUCUUAAUUAUUAUUGUUUUUUGGAGGCUGAGAGAUGGGUGGGCUGUGGUGGUGGUUUUGUGGGUUGUUGGUGGUGGUGGGUGUGAAUGGGUACCCAAAGGAGGAUCUGGUGGUGGGUUUGCCUGGACAACCAAAGGUUGGGUUCAGGCAGUAUGCAGGGUAUGUUGAUGUGGAUGUCAAGGCUGGAAGGAGUUUGUUUUACUACUUUGUUGAAGCAGAGGAGGACUCUCACUCUCACUCUCACUCUCACUCUCACUCUUACCAUCCUCAUCAUGAUCAUCAUAAGCUUAAGUCCCUCACUCUCUGGCUCAAUGGAGGACCAGGUUGCUCCUCCAUGGGUGGGGGUGCCUUUACAGAGUUGGGACCUUUCUUUCCAAGGGGUGAUGGAAGAGGCCUCCGAAGAAAUUCCAUGUCAUGGAAUAAAGCAUCAAAUCUCCUAUUUAUAGAGUCUCCAGCUGGAGUAGGAUGGUCAUACUCCAAUACAACUUCAGAUUAUGUCACUGGUGAUGCCAGAACAGCCAGGGAUAUGCUUAUUUUCAUGCUGAAAUGGUAUGAGAAGUUUCCAGAAUUCAAAUCCAGAGAUUUGUUUCUUACAGGAGAAAGCUAUGCAGGGCAUUACAUACCACAGUUAACUAUAGCUCUUCUGGACCAUAAUGCGCAUUCCAGUGGUUUUAAGUUCAACAUCAAAGGAGUCGCUAUUGGGAAUCCACUUCUCAGACUUGACCGUGAUGCUCCAGCAAUCUAUGAAUUCUUUUGGUCACAUGGAAUGAUAUCUGAUGAAGUCGGCCUUACCAUCAUGAACGAAUGCGAUUUUGAAGAUUAUACCUUUGCUCCUCCACACAAUGUCACGCUUUCAUGUAACAAUGCCAUAACCGAAGCAAACAGCAUUGUUGGGGGUUACAUAAACAACUAUGAUGUGAUCCUCGAUGUUUGUUACCCAUCCAUAGUAGAACAAGAGCUGCGAUUGCGCAAAAUCGCUACUAAGAUUAGUGUUGGGGUUGAUGUGUGCAUGGUCUACGAAAGGCGCUUCUACUUCAACCUUCCUGAGGUUCAGAAGGCUCUUCAUGCAAAUAGGACUAACUUGCCAUAUAGCUGGUCUAUGUGCAGUACUGUCUUGAAUUACAACAAUACUGAUGGUAACAUCAACAUCCUUCCGUUGCUUAAAAGGAUAAUCCAAAAUCACAUUCCGGUUUGGGUUUUCAGUGGUGAUCAAGAUUCUGUCGUACCAUUACUUGGCUCACGUACACUUGUUCGUGAACUAGCUCAUGAUUUGCAUUUCAACAUCACUGUCCCAUACGGAGCUUGGUUUCACAAAGGGCAGGUGGGAGGUUGGGUGACCGAGUAUGGAAAUUUAUUAACUUUUGUGACAGUAAGGGGUGCAGCUCAUAUGGUACCCUAUGCGCAACCAUCAAGAUCUUUACAUCUCUUCAGUUCGUUUGUCAGAGGCCGAAGAUUGCCAAACACAACGCGUCCUUCUAUAAAUGAAUGAAAUUGUUUUACACUUUAUUGAGUUCCCUUGUGCUAAAAAAUUUCAGCAAUAAUGCAAAAAGGAAAAACAAGAAGAAGAAGAAGAAGCAGAAGAAAAAAGGACUUGAAAGUUGAACAUACAGUGCAUGACUUCCAUACAAUUCAUUGGAUUCAUGAUUUUGAACCAAAAAUUGAAGAGACUAACUCACUUUGGUUGAGUCACUGAAUUUGAAUAAAUGGAAUUAGUUCAGAGGGGUUAAAUUCAGCUGAAUUAAUGUACUGAUUCAAAAUCAAUUCACCUAAAUGUACCAUAGCAGAACACUUAAUUUGAUCCUUUUUAUG